CGCUUGGGAACCUUAUCCUUCUUUCUUGCAUCCUCUGUAGCCAUUGACCUCGGACCAAUCCCUUCUUCAUAACUUGUCGACGCAACAGCGAUCACUGAGCAACUUGAACCACACCCCACAACAACUUCUACUAAACGUCAACUUAAUAUCCAUGCUCACUGAACCUACGGCAGUAUUACUCACCGGUGCAUCUGGAUAUCUCGGCGGAAGUUUGUUGGUUUACUUGCUCCAUAAGUUUGACCUGGAAUCCCGGAACGUCAAACUUUUCACCCUCGUACGCAAAUCAGAACAAGUGCGCAAGGUACUCGAACAAGGCGGGAAGGUGAUUCCUUUGAUUGGUGACGUUCAGGACGCAGAAGGAAUGAAGAAAUUAAUCAUUGAUAAUUUGGUGAUCGAAACUGUGGACGCUCGACAAUUUGCCGUCGCGAAACCUUGCAUAGAAGCAUUGGCAGUCGUUAAAGAAAGACUUAACGUUCCUGUCCACUUCGUCCAUACAUCGGGGGCCAAAAUGUUCUCUAGCCAUGUUGGAAUCGACCAAUCAAACUUCUUGAACGAUGAUGGAGAUGUGUACAACACAAUGGCAGAACUCGAUACUCGUCAUCCGGUUAUGAAACAAUUCGUAUCACUCAAUAAUCAAAUCAUCGAUUUCGCCGAAAGUAAAGGGAUCCGGUCAUAUAUCGUUGCCCCUCCAAUGGUCUAUGGUCCCGGUACCGGUUUCGGGAAUAAGAUAUCUAUCCAAAUUGUGGCUCUCGUCCGUGUAGCAAGGACGCUAGGUAUGCUAUUUGAAGUGGAUCAAACAGACACGACAUGGGCGCUCAUGCAUAUUGAUGAUCAAGUUGCACUGUAUGCUACUGUCCUUGAUAAUAUCCUCCUCCUCAAGGCCCCUUACGGCAAGAAUGGAUUUUAUUUCUCCGAAAAUGGAAAUUUCAGAUGGAGAAGUCUUUCUCUUGCGAUAGUCAACGCCCUACGGAAACGGAACGGACUUGAGAACAUUCAUGAACUCCCAGUCGCCACUGAUGAAGAUUUGGUCGCGAUGGCUAAUGUUCUAGACUGUAACGUCGGAAUGGUUCCUGUUUCUAUCGCGGGAAACUGUCUCAUUCGGGGCAAUAACGCCCGAAAACUUGGAUGGGUUCCUCAGCACGGGGUUGAGCAUUUGAUGAGUGACGUCGAUAAAGAGGUUGCGUUUAUCGUGGAAGAGGAUUCUGUCUUUUCAGCUAACUUGAAGACCGAAUUACUAUUAUCCUGAUUGUUCAAAACAUGUCCCCUUCCGGAUUUCUAUGUAAUCAGGGUUAUGUGAAGCUUCCGAAGAGUGACUUGCCAAUAGAUCAUUGAAGAAGUUGCUGCGAAUGAAUCGUUCAGAAGAGUAUACUGGGCAAGCUUUCUCUAUGUAAUUGCAGUGUCGGUCCGAUAUUCUGAAUUACCACCCUUGAAUGUAAUACCCUAGAGAGUAAUUAUAUAUUAUAUAUCAUUGAA